AUGUCUAGUCGAUCAAAUAUAAAACCAAGCGUAAGGAAUGUGGUGGCAAAUGUUGUUUCAAAUAGUGCGGAGGCAGUAGGUUCAUACGUACCAUUUUUAAAUGCAUUAAAUAUAUUCCAAAUCAACUUAAAUUAG